GGCGGCGAGGCCCCUCCCGGUGCGGCGGGCGCCGGCGGCCGGCGGCGAUGCGCAGCCGGGCCGCGCCACUCACACCGGCGGCGGCGGCAGCGGGGCCAUGAAGGUGAAGAAGAGCGGCGGGGCCGGGGCGGCGGCGGCGGCGGCCCGCACCGAGGAGGAGCUGGGCCGCAAGGCGCUCAUCGGGCCCGACGACGUGCUGGGGCUGCAGCGGGUCACGAGCGAUUACCUGUGCACUCCCGAGGAAAACGUUUACAAGAUAGACUUCACCAGGUUCAAAAUCCGGGACAUGGAGUCUGGCACAGUGCUGUUUGAAAUCACCAAACCCCCGGCUUCAGAACGUGAACACAAUGACAAGAAGGACAUUGACCCCAAUGCCGGACGGUUUGUACGCUACCAGUUUACCCCAGCUUUUCUUAGACUUCGGCAAGUGGGAGCCACGGUGGAAUUCACAGUAGGGGACAAACCCAUUAAUAACUUCCGCAUGAUCGAGAGGCAUUACUUCCGAGAUCAAUUGCUCAAGAGUUUUGAUUUUGAAUUCGGGUUCUGCAUCCCCAGCAGUAAAAAUACGUGUGAGCACAUCUACGAAUUCCCACAGCUCUCGGAGGAUCUCAUUCGAGAGAUGAUCCUUCAUCCGUAUGAGACACAGUCGGACAGUUUCUACUUUGUAGACAACAAGCUGGUGAUGCACAACAAGGCAGAUUAUUCCUACAGCGGAGGACCUUGAGCACAGGAUGGACAGCCAGCCUGCGCUGGCCUUCCUUUUCCUAUAGAAGUUGUCAGGGAUAACAACACCUUCAGUUCAGUUGCCUGCAACAACAACUGAACAAGGAUCCACAAACCAAGGACUCUGCCACAGUAGGAGUUUCAUGACUAAAUUGGCCAGUCUCAUCUUUGCUGAGCUUUGAAGCAGACCCACUUCUUCAGAACUUUAAACAGUUCUACAAUGCUAAGCGAUCUUUGGAUACCACUGCCCUAAGUUCUUUAAGUGUCUGCUUUGGAAAUGGCCUUGUGGGACCUGCGGAAUUUUGCCCUAAUUCUGUGGAUUUGUGUUCUUGCCCUCAAGUAUCUUUUAGGACAUGAUGGCUUUCUCAAAUAAUGUAAUCUGAGAAACCAUGUGAGUUGAUGGAUGCAGAUGCAGAGUUGUGUCUAUUUGUUUCUAUCUGUGGAUGCUUCAAAGGCACGGUCAGUUUACCUUUUACAUUCAGUUAAAAAUGUUCAGCGUAACACCUUACAAAAGCAAAAGUUUCAUCCUUAGAUUAUUUCUCUAAAUAGGUAUCUCAUACUUUCCUUUUUUUUUUUUUUUGUUCCUUCUACGUAAUAUUCUGUUUAAUCUUGGAAACAGUGGAACUUGCAAUGAAGAUGAGUAGUUCAAUGACAGGCCUGUUUAUAGUCAGGUGCUGUCCUUUUACAUUUCAGAUGGAGGCAAAAUAGCAUUGAGGGUCUACAAACUGUCAUAGGCAUUCUCAAUUUUGCAAAUAGAAUGCAGAAUAAUCAGGAAAAAAUGAAGGGUUUUAGGUUAGGGUGACAUUAUUACAUAGUUAACAUUCAGCCUAUUCAUGGUAUGGGUUUUCCGUUUCUGUUCUUUUUUUUCUCUGCUCAAUACCAGGACAAGGGCUUCAGCAUUACUUGUUAGAGCAACACUUUCUUUUGUGUAAGGCAAUCAGUGUGUGAAUUUCCAAUUUCGUGUUUGUAUCUGAAUUUGAAGAAUGUUUUGAUAGUGUUUUCCUCUUUGUUAAAAAAUGUUUUGCAUUUGAUAUUAAUACUCCUGAAACAGUGAGUCUGAUAAUGUAAGACUUUGUUUAAGGCACAACACAGAUUUAUCAAAAGCUCUGUCUUGUCUCCGUAAGCAGUUUAAGAACCAUUUUGCACAAGUUUCUCAGAAUGUGCUUCUUCUUAGAAAGAUAGAAGUGCAAAGAAGUAGCAACCUCAAAAGAAUAAAUUAGUGUAGGCAAAACAAAAUAAAAUAAAAAUCUGAGAAGGUUGUGUGCAGUAAAACACUUUCAUCUAUAUUUUGCCUGAGUAGCAUGUUGUCAUGAAACCCUUACUCUAGGGAUCAGUUCACUGGUAGUCUAAUAAUUGGCAGUUGCAGUUUGUAGAUAUUUCUAUAAAUACUUGAUGUCUCCAUGUCUAAUUCUGUGAGUUUCAGUGGAACAUUAUGUGUUAGCCUCAGAUAGGUGUGACUGUAGUAAUUUUUAUAAAAUACCAUUUCCAGUCGUGAUUAACAUCUUCCAGUAACAGCCUAAGUCCAACAGGAAAACUACAAAUGGUUCCACAUGUAGCCUGUCUAAAAAUCUAUCCAAGAGCAGGGAGGUUUUGUGCUAUUAUUGGGGCUGUGAUUACUAUUAAAUGUGUUACCAUUUGUAUUUGGCUUGGCUUUCUUUACUUCUGAAAGUUGAUUCAGUUUUCUAAAGAAAAUACAGUGAGUUUAGGUUACAGCACAGAAUUUUUUAUGAAGAUUGAUAGCUAAGAAAGUAUGUGGAGUUCACUGAUUUUACACAACUGGUAUCUUGCAGUAAUUACUACCAUGAUGAGACAUAUUUAUCACUGUUUUUUGUCUGUAGUGUAUUAAACUAUAAAAUUAGCCUAUGGUUGACUUACCUGUUUGAGGGUUACAAAGAAUUUCCUCAUUAUUUUUAUAAUGCUUUGAGCUACUGAUCACAAAGUUUUGUAGUACAGUAAUUCCUAAAGGUGAAAAUAGUCUACAAAAAGUCUACAAACACCCCCUCCCCCCAUUUUUUGCAUCAGGGCUAUUAAACUAUCUUUAUAUUUUAAGAAAUUUUGCAGACUCAAGUAUUUGUGAAUUUUUGUCCGACUCUAGAAGGAGAAAAUGUAUUGACUUGAAGACAGAAGAGGGUGUGUAUAUUUGUAACUAGCAUCAUACACACUUUUCAGUUAAGAUCUUUCAAAUCUUAUCUGUUGUUCAUACUAAUCAUGUCUGUGCAUGAGUUUUAAGGAACUUCCAGCAAUGGUGCUUGCCCAGAAUUGCCAGUCAUACAUUUCGAACAGCUGUAUCAUCUCAGUAUAUUUCUGGGAGAGUGGUAAUUGAACUUCUAUGCAGACUCUUGUCAGUCUUGGGUUAUCAUGUUGAGUAUCCUCUCUGUAUGUGAAUAUUGUUUGCUGAACUGAAAUAGGCAUGUUCUGCUCCUUUUUUAUGCUACCUCCUUUUAAGACUUUAGAUUAAAAAAAAAAAAGGUAAUACCGUAAGAAAUAUUACUGUAAUCAACCAAAACUUGAAAGAGAAAUGUGCGCCUACAAAAACUUAGGAAGAAAAACCUGGAGAAAGUUACCCCGUUCCCAGAAGUGUAAUUUGUUGCUGAAUGGACUUUCUAACACUCUGCAUUUUAUGGUAGGUUUGAGGUUAAGCAUAAAAGAGGACGAACUAUCAACUACUGAUCUCCAUCAUGAAUUCAGCUAACUGUUCUGAUAAUUCAGAUUCCAUGGGUUACAAUUUCAGGCUAAUAGAAAAUUUAGUAAAAUAAAUGAGAUGUUUUACUGAGUUAAUUUGUCUUCUAUAAUUAGGAUUACUCUAAAACAAGAAAAUAAAGUUGGGCAUUUUUAAUAAAAUAAACCUCAACAUAUUUUAGGUUUUCAGGGUGAGGAAUUUUGCUUUUUUAAAGACCAUACAUCGUAAGGCACUGAGCAACUUCAACUUUCAUUCACCUGAAAAGGGAGUAGAAAGCUCUCAGGUCAGUUAUAAAAUUAGACCUGCAGUUUCUCCUUAAAUUGGCAGCUGAUUCUUGUUAUAAACUAGUUGAAAGUCAAAUCUUAAGCAAACAUCUAGCCUUCCUGGCUAGUUGUUAUUCUGUGUUUUUAAUAUCAAUCUCUAUUUGGCUUACUUUGCAAGUUUACUUACAAAAUCACAAAAUUCUGUCUCUAAAAAUCUAUAUUUUUAUAUUUUUCUUUGCUCUCUUUUAAAAAUUAUUUUAAUUAUCACUGUAACAAUAAAUCUGUUUUAAUGAGUCCAUCUGCAAAUUUGGGAUCUGGCUUUCUAAAAGCAAAAGAAAACAUCAAAAAGCUAAGCAAGAUUAUCUGCUAAUAAUGACUAGUUGUUUCCCAUCAUAAGACAUAAUUAUAUGUGUACUUUACAUACUGAAUUAAUUUUGGAAAAGGAAGCCAAGUCUCUGCAUGUACUGAUUUUGCCAUAAUUGUAACUCAACAUAACAAAUUAAUUUACUUUCUCAGUCUUAAGUUCCUUUAAACUUCAGGUUUUGUUAAGAAAGGUAACAGGAAAAUAUUUGUGGUUAACUACCAUGCUGCAUGUUCUAAUAAUUCACAAACUUUAGGAGCAGAAAUAGAAUUUAUUUUCAAGAUUAACACACCCAGUGUAGGUAUGGUUUAAAUUUAAGAAACUUUGAUCUCAGAUCAGUGACCAAAGCCAAAAAUGUUUCUGUGAAUGUGUCUGUUAUGUGGUGACACCUACAUAACUACGGAAUAAUCCACUCUCCCUGACUCAGGAGGAUUUCUCUUUUUUUUUUUUUUACAUAGAAAGUAUUUUGAAAACUAGGUGCUGGGGCUUAGUUCUUGCUCACAAUCUCUCUCUACAUCUUGUUUUAUCAGCAAGUCAGUAAGAUAGCUCUGUUUGCCACCUCUGUCCUUCAUUUGAGCUGUAUCUCAAAUACUUGUGUGGGAGUGUCAGAAGUGCAGCGAGUGGCUGUCUGUGUAUGAAACAGCUUGCAGGCUGCCAAGUCCCUUCCUGCUGAUGCGAACAGACUAUUAAAGUAUAUUGAGAAAUGGUGAUGCAUGGUCACCCAUAAAACCUAGAAUUCAAGCUUUGUGACAAAAAUUAAAGGAACGCUUAUUCAAGGAAAGAUUAUUUGGGGACUAUUUAAGGUAAUAACAUGCUAAUAUCCAAAUUUCACACUUAAUAUGUAUUAUAAAACUGAUCUGUUAAAUAUUCAUAACAUCUGGAAAAAAAAACUGUUGACAGCUCAAUUUUAAUUAGAUCUGAUUAGGAACCAAAUUGUAGAGAUUACUUGUAUCCCUUACAAAAGAGAAAAGCAGCUAGACCUGCACCUGUAUUGCACAAAUGAUAAUGAGACAAGCUUAUGUGCACAAGGAUUUAUUUGCAGGAUCCAAAGCUGAUUGGCGUACAUUGACUGUAGUGGUAGAAGUUACCUUUGGAAAAAAACAAAGGCGAAGGAAUGUGAGAGAGAGAGAGAGAGAGAGAGUGUUAAUUUCAGCUAGUUGGAACCAGGAGUUUUAAGGCCGUGAUUAGUUUAAAUGUUUUUUCUGCUGAGUUUUGAAGUAGCCUGUAGCUUCUGUUAGCAGUUCUUUUCUACAUCCCCAGCACAAGCACUAGCUAAGUUUACACAGUGUUUAAUAUUAAUGAGAUAGUAAAUCUUAUUGACAGUUCAUAUCAUUUUCUAAACAUGGAAAUAUAUUUCAAGGGUGUGAUACUCCAGGCCUCGAGUGCAGCUCCAUUAUUUUGUACAUCACAGGAUAGUCUGAUUACGUGGCUGAAAGUGUGUGUUUAUAUAUCUGUUCACAAGAUGUUGUAAACUGCCUCCCAAGAAUCACUGUGUUGAUGCCUACUGUGAUGUCUGCUUUUAUCUUAAUGCUACACUGAGAAUACCUGUUUGAAUGUGACAUUGACUUUUUUUGCAUAGAAUCAAUCAGAAUCGUCUGUAUUAAAAUGUAUUUAUAAAAAAUAUAUAUUUUGUGGAAGGAAAGUAGGAUUCUAGUUAAUAAACCAUUGAGAAAAUGUUAGAAACAUUUUUACCAAAUUCAUUUAUAAUUCUUUGUAUAUUGUUAGUUACCUGACUUGUUUCCUGUAAGAACAUUCACUGUGGCCAGUUUAGUGGCAAAGCAAUGCACUGUCAUGCAGAGAAUCUAGUUUUGGGAAAACUAGGAGGUUAUUUUGUUUCCUUUUGGGCCAGUAGGAAACUGAGUAGGUUGCCAGGAAAAAGCAGAACCUUGGCACCGAUUCCACUUGUGUGGCUUUGGCUUCAGUAACUAUUCUGUUUGGCUUGUUCUGAGAUAGAUAAGUAGGGAGAUCAAAGAUUGAGAAUUUAGAAUAAAGAAAAUUAGAUAUUAGUCUUCCUGUAGGAGAA